AUGGUGGAGACUAAUGAGAUUAAAACCUUCUUGGAGCCGCUUGAUAUCAAUAGAAAGAGAUUUGUGUUUUUUGCACUGAACGACAAUGACUCUCCGGACACGGCUGGUGGAUCGCACUGGAGUCUCCUCGUUUAUUCCAAACCAGAAAGCUGUUUCUACCACUUGGACUCUUCAUCUGGAAGCAAUCAUAAUGUAGCAUGGGAAUUUGCCAGUCAUUUGAUUACUUACUUUUCAAAAGGAGAGGCUGUCAACUUCGUAGAUAAGGAAUGUCUUCAGCAGAGUAAUGGAUACGACUGUGGAAUUCACGUCAUUUGUAAUACCGAGCGGUUGGCCGAUUGUGCCCACAAACAUGGCCACAUUGGCACAUGCGACAUGCUAGUCAAAAUCAACCCAAGUGCUAAGAGGAAAGAAAUUAUUAACAUUAUUCAUAACUUGUCUAAUUCAGAUUAA